GUUAACGUAGAAAACGCGUCGCUCGCUCGCUCGGAAACGAUCCGCGUUUCCGAGGGCUCUCCGUUUGCGAGGAAUUCCGAUUUUCGGAAUUGAUUCAAUCAAACACGCUCGGGGUUGUCCGUCGCGAUUCGACGACGCGGUUGUGAUUUCUUCGUGGAUCUUUCUCUUUUGUCUCGGGAGACAGAAUCGAUGCGUUAGCCCGACAUGUCCACGAUCGUUGGAUUCUUCAGGAUUACCGAGAAACCUCGAGUAACAGGGCUAUACGUGCGUUGUUGACGGUGGAGCGGAUGGUGGAGCGUAGACUUUAGAGCGGCGACUAGAAUAUAUCCAUUAUGGAAGCGUUGCGUUUAGCUAUACAGACGCGGCUUGGGGAGAGGAUGGUCAGCAUGAGCUCCAUGCUCGUAGAGACAGUCAGUAUAAAUUAUGAAGACUUUAAUGAGAGUUUUUUAACAUGUGGCACCUGUCUCUGUGUUUACGAUGGCAGCGAGCAUACACCUAAAUUACUACCAUGUUCACACACGGUAUGUUUACAUUGUUUAACAAGAAUUGCUGCGUCUCAAACUCGAGAGACAGGAGCAUUUAGAUGUCCCAUUUGUAGAGAAUUAAUAACUAUUCCUCGUGGAGGGGUACCUGCACUGCCCCCGAGUUUUCUCGUAAAUCAACUGCUGGACCUUAUGUCUCGACAAAGACGAGAGGUCAUCCCAAAGUGUUCAGUUCAUAUAAAUCAGGAAUUAUUAUUUUGUGAAACAUGUGAUACAGUGUUCUGUACAGUAUGUACUAGUGGGACACAUGCAGGAACGUCACCUGGAUGCACAGAACAUACAAUUAUCCCUUUUAGUAUUGCGAUAAAAAGAAUGUCCGAAAUAUUGCUGUAUAAAGCUAAUGAGUGUAUAUCCAAGUUAACACAGGCACAAGAUUCUGUGAGCACGGAACUGCAACGUUUGGAAGCCUCUACGGAAAAAUGUUUGAGCGCAGUGGAUACGGAAUUUGCUGAGAUCAUCGCAAAAAUAGAGAAACGUCGCACGGAAUUGCAAGCUGCUGUGACCGCUGCUGCUCGUGACAAGAAACACGUACUUGAAGAACAACAUUCUCUUAUUGAGGCAGAAAAAACCAAAGUGGAGAGAGAGUGCGAAGGAUUACAAUAUCAGGUCGAGGUCCGAAAUAUUACUCAACGUAUUAACAGCUUGUCGGAUCAACUUGAUGCAGCAACCGCUCUCAGCGAACCUAAAGAGAAUGCCUUUAUUUUUUUUUUUGACGCUCUCUUUCAAUUAGAGCAAGCAUUGAGUAACGUGGGACGAGUACGUUCUAGUACAACAUUACCAGGUUUGUGCCGAGCCAGAUUGAAGGAUCUAGCUAUAAUAAAGCUACAAACGAUCGUCGUAGUCGAAACGGUAGAUUAUCACGGUCAUCCUCGAAAUGUCGGUGGUGAUCUUAUUAACGCCGAAUUAACGCUUGCUGAUAAUAUGCAUGCAGAAAGUCAGAAUGCUCCUAUUGAGACAGAAGUGAAAGAUUUGGAGAAUGGAACUUACGAAAUUUACUUCCGGCCACCAACUGCAAGUCGAUAUGUUUUGAAGGUGUCGGUGUUCGAACGACCUAUUAAAGAUUAUCCGCUAUUUUUCGAUACGACUGAGCAUAAUGAACCUAUUAAAACAUAUGGAAGACGUGGUAACGGAAAAGAUGAGUUUCACCAGCCUGUUUCAGUCGCAGUGGACGAUGAAGGGAUGAUCUAUAUUUUAGAUACUGGAAAUUCUCGUAUUAAGGUACUCAAUUGUGAUUUGGAGUUUCAUAGGCACAUAAACAAUGAAGGCUUAGAGGGUCGCAGUUGUACGGGAAUAGGUAUAUCUCAACAAGGUCUCGUAGUCGUGAAUUGGCGAACGCGAAAGAUUACGGAAAUGACUUCAUUGGGUGACACAAUCCGAUCUUUCACGCAUAACGCAUUUCAAGAACCCAUAGACAUUGCAGUGGACAAGAGUUAUGGGCACAUACUUGUCGCUGACAACGGUCAAAGCUGUGUAUUCGUAUUUGACUCAGACGGGAAGAUACUAUUCCAGGUUGGUAAGAGAAGCACGUUCAAGCUAAUCAGUUCUGUAACUGUCGGUCCGGCCGGUGAGAUUUUAGUUGCCGAUAGCAGAAUUCAAGUGUUUUCCGCAAAGGGAGAUUUCUCCGAAGAAAUAUAUCCUGAGGGCAAAGGAAAAGGUAUCUACGGAGGAAUAGCUGUAGAUGCAGAUGGCAAAAUUAUCGGUACUCGUACAGACAAGGGUCGUAGCAUAAUACAAGUUUCAAAGUUAGGGGGAGGUAAUAUCUUAACCGAAAUCGAUUCACACAGCUCGAAAUUGCGACGUCCCUCAGGCAUAGCUGUGCUGCCAAAUAAUCACCUAGUGGUGGUGGACUUAGGCAAUGAUUGUAUAAAAAAAUAUAGGUACUGGUAAAAAGUCAUUUGUUUAAGCAUCAAAAUUCAAAUCGCG